CAUAUGAUUCAUUGUAUGAAGCAUCUGAGUCUGUGUGUUUGACUUGUGUCAGAAAAACAACUUACAAAUACCAGAACAUUAUAGCACACUAGAUUCUUGACAAAGUUAUGGCGCUAAAACCUGGUUUUCAACUAGUAAUGGCCCUGUUCACUACAUAUAACAUCGUUGCUUCAGCCUCAAAAUCAAUAGUCAACGAACUUCCUGGUUUCCCUGCUCCCCUGCCCUUCAAUCUUGAAACUGGAUACGUCAAAGUUGACGGAUUGAAUGAUGUGAAUCUGUUCUACUAUUUCAUAGAGUCUGAAAAUGAUCCUUCUAAGGACCCUCUUGUGCUUUGGCUUAGUGGAGGCCCUGGUUGCUCUGGUUUUUCAGGCCUAGUUUAUGAAAUUGGUCCACUACAAUAUGAUUUUUCGAGUUUUGAUGGAGGCUUACCAUCACUCACCCUAAACCCGUACUCAUGGACCAAGAUUGCAAACAUGCUCUUUUUAGAUGCACCAGCAGGCACGGGAUUUUCUUAUGCAACUUCAGAGCCCUACAACUCUGAUUCAAAGACAGCACAGGAUACUGUCAAAUUUCUGAUAGAGUGGUUACUGGAUCACCCAAGAUUUUCCAGAAACCCCCUUUAUGUUGCCGGUGACUCCUAUGCUGGAAAACUUGUGCCACUCGUUGUUCAUGAAAUAGCAAAAGGUGAUGAAGCAUGUGAUACACCAUACCAGUCUCUACAGCUCCAAGGAUACAUACUUGGCAACCCAUUAGUUAAUUAUCAAACAGCAGUAAAUUCAAAAUUCAUUUUUGUCCAUCGAAUGGGACUGAUUUCAGAUGAAUACUACGAGUUGGCCAGAAAAAAUUGCAAUGGUGAAUUUUUUUAUGUGGACCCCGACAAUGUUCCCUGUCUUAAUGCAAUUCAGCGUAUCAAAGAGUGCAUUUCAAAACUUGAUCCUGAACAUAUUUUGGAAGUGAACUGUGGUGGUGAUCAACCAGAGUCAGAUGAGGUGCAAUCAGAUUACAGAUUCAACGGAGACGUGCUCUUCCCAUCAUGGCAUGAUAAACCGUGGUGUCGAAAAUACAGUUACCUGCUAUCUUAUGCUUGGGCAAAUAAUCCACAUGUUCAAGAAGCCCUUCAUGUUCGAAAUGGCACAAUAAGUAAAUGGAAGAGGUGCUACAGGAACAUACCUUAUGUCAAAGAUGUAACAGAUGUAUUAGAGUAUCAUUAUGUCCUUACUAAGGAGAAAUAUCGAGUUCUAGCAUACAGUGGUGAUCAUGACAUGGUGAUUCCAUAUAUUGGUACAAUAGGAUGGAUAAGAUCUCUCAACCUGACUAUGGAUGAGAACUGGAGACCAUGGUUUGUCGACGAUGAAAUUGCAGGAUACACGGAGAAAUAUAAGCAACAUGGAUACAACAUCACUUUCGCAACAGUUAAGGCGAGUACAUUUUGUAAUGAACCCGGAAAAAAAAAAAGGCUUGAAGAUGACUCUAUUUCAAAAUUUAACUUAUACUUGCUUCCCCUGCUUAAUUAACUGCAGUAACAAUAUCAGCUUAUAUUAUUGAAGUUUUCUUAACAUAUUUGAUCCAACUAGUUUUCGCAUUUGGUUAUUUAUAGGGAGGAGGUCACACAGCUCCGAUGUACAGACC